AUGUCUUCCGACGCAACACCAUCUUACGAACCCCUCCCCGCCCCUAGGCGGAUCAUCACAACCCACAAUGCUUCCGGCCAGGCAGUGAUCGACACCAGCAUCCCCCAAGAACUGGAAAAGACGGCCGCUCCAGGCGCGGACCUGUACCUCGCCUACACGGCCCCCUCACUCCCCGCGCAGCUCGCCGACGACGGCGAGCUGGUGUUCUACAAGUCCAAGCUGCCCCACAACGUCGGCAUCGCGGUCCCCGGCGGGCUCGUCACCCGUUUCGUCGACUUCCUGCCGGGAGGCCCCGAGGCGCCGCUCCACCGCACCGAGAGCAUCGACACGGGCGUCCUGAUCGAGGGCGAGCUGGAGCUGUUUCUCGACAGCGGGGAGACGCAGGUGCUAAGGCGCGGAGAUGCCAUUGUGCAGCGCGGCACGCUUCACGGGUGGAGGAACAAGAGCGAGACGACGGUCGCGAGGUUGUUUGUCGUCAUUGUGUCGGCGGAUUUGCCUACCGUCGAGGGGAAGAAGCUUGGGGAGUACGUGCCUAUGCCGGGUCUGGAGGCUCAAUGA